UUAGCAUGCCGCAGGGGUCGACGGCAGCCCCCUUCAUCAUCAUCCUCACUGCAGCUGUGGACCUUGGCAUUGCAGACAUCACCCAGACAGCACUGUGUGUGUGUGAGUGUGAGAGAGAGGGAGACAGAGAGAGAGAGAGAGACAGACAGACAGAGAGAGAGAGUGUUUGGGUGAGUGAGUAAGUGGUGUGGAGGGAUGGAGUGAUGGAGGAGCACCAGCCUAUAUAGUAAGACCACUCCGACACCACCACGCGUGAACCUGCAGCGCCUAGAGCUGCUGGAAAUCACUGCGCGCUGACACAUCUCCACCAGUAGGCGCAUGGGCAGCAGAUGGAGGGUCUAUGAAGAGCUGAGGCGAGCCAAAGACGGACAACCGCUGCUCCAUUGUGCCUCCCACUCUCCAUUAUACUGCAGCCUGCCGGGAGAACCUGCACCAUGUAGAACUUAAAGAAGGAACCUGAAGCGCGCGCGCGUUUGUUUUGCAGUUUAGCGCCAGGAUGCAGCAGGCUGCAGCAUCAGCACCACCACCUCAGUGAAGGCGAUGAUGAAGCCGCGCAUACUCCCAGGCUGGGCUGCAUCCACAGCCACGAGCGCCUUUCUGCUGUAGGAGCGACACUUUGCCGCAUUUUUAAGCGUAUUUUUUUCGGCAUUGUUUACGAGCGCUAUAUUUUUGCAUGCUCUUUUUGCUAAGAUGAAAUUUCCAACGGAAAAUCCAAGGAAACCAGGGGCCAACCUGGGACCACCGCCAGUGGCUGUGCAGACCAACCUGGUUCCACCCAAGAAAGUCCAGCCAGGGAUGUUGCAGUCCAGCCUGGUGCAGGCCAGUGUGGCCACCAUGCAGAACCCGAUGGGCUGCUCCCUGCCUCGCCUGUCAGUGUCUCGGCCGGCCAGCAUGGUGGCCAGCAUGGAUGCGGUGGCGGACGGUUCUGCGCCUUUCACUGUCAUGAAGUGGAAGACAGUGUUGGCCGUGUUUGUGGUAGUGGUGGCCUAUCUAGUGGCCGGUGGUCUGGGCUUCCGCGCUCUGGAGCAGCCUUUUGAGAGCAACCAGAAGGACACCAUCACAGCCGAGAAGGCCGCCUUUCUGCAGAAACAUCCCUGCGUCACGCGCAACGAGCUGGAGGAGCUCAUCCAGCACUCCAUCGAUGCGUUCAGUGCUGGAGUCAGUCCUAUAGGAGACACCACCUAUAACUUCAGCUACUGGGACCUGGGCAGUGCCUUCUUCUUCGCCGGGACUGUGAUCACCACCAUAGGCUAUGGAAACAUCGCCCCGAGCACGGAGGGCGGGAAAAUCUUCUGUAUUCUCUAUGCGAUUUUCGGCAUCCCUCUUUUCGGCUUCCUGCUGGCUGGCGUCGGGGACCAGCUGGGAACCAUUUUUGUGAAGACGAUCGCCAAGGUGGAGAAAAUAUUCAGGCGCAAACACAACCAGAUCAGUCAGACGAAGAUUCGUGUGGCCUCUACUCUGCUCUUCAUCCUGGUCGGCUGCAUUGUCUUCGUCACCAUUCCUGCACUCAUCUUUCAACACAUAGAGGGCUGGACGGGGCUGGAUGCUAUUUAUUUUGUGGUUAUCACCCUGACGACAGUGGGCAUUGGGGAUUAUGUGGCAGGAGGUGAUAGAAGAAUAGAAUAUUAUAAAUGGUACAAGCCGCUGGUGUGGUUCUGGAUCCUGGUUGGUUUGGCCUACUUCGCUGCUGUGCUGAGUAUGAUCGGAGACUGGCUAAGAGUCCUCUCAAAAAAGACGAAGGAAGAGGUUGGGGAGUUUAAAGCCCACGCAGCCGAAUGGAAAGCCAAUGUGAGGGCAGAAUUCAGGGAAACGAGGCGGCGGCUCAGCGUCGAAGUUCAUGACAAACUACAGCGGGCUGCCACCAUCCGCAGCAUGGAGCGACGACAACUGGGCCUGGACCAGCGUGCUCACUCUCUGGACAUGCUGUCCCCCGAGAGGAGAGCUGCCUUCAACAGCCUGGACAACAACAGCUAUAAGACAUCGUCUCAGGAGAGCAUCGACACCAAGCUGAACAACCUGCGCCUGCGAGUAGAACAGAGCGAACACCGGCGCAGCGACCCCAACCAGGCCUCGUCCGAGGACAACAUCUUCAACCGCCUGAGCUCAGUCACCAAACUGACCAAGCGCAACAAGACCCGGGAACUGAAAAAGAACAUCCCAGGCGACGGACGGAGGGCCAACAGCGCCGUGGAGCCUGAGGAGAAGAAGGAGAUGGAGGAAGAAGAGCUGGAGAAGGAUAUCAACACAAGCUUAACCAACCUGCCCCUGUUUGUGGAGAGCCCCAAAUAUCUGAACGGAUUUGUACCGGUGCCACUACAGACCAAAGAGGAGGAAGAAGAGAGCAAGAAAAAACUUGAAACCGCUGAGGAGUUCCAGGUGCAGAUGGACGAAGACUAGACAGGAAAAAAAGUGUUUUUUUAGGAAAACUCAAGUGCCUUAUUUAACCUGUUCCCUCAACAGGAACUCUGAUGUUUAAUGUUUGUUGAACUGUUCACUGUGUCCUGACAACUUGAUCAUGCAACUGGAAACCUGAAAGAAUCCUUGGUCCCUACUGGUGACCAGACCACAGAAUUGUAAAACACUGCAAAAAAUGCUAUCUUGAUGUGAAAUCAUCUUUAAUCUUCUCUAAAUAUUGAAUAAUUCUCAUUUUGAGAUUCUAAAUGCAUUCUGAGAUUAAUUGCAUUACGUUUAGAUAGGCCUGUCCCAAUAGCAACACAUUUUUUAAAUAUAUCCACCAAGAAAUUAUGGCAAUAAACAAAAUAUAUUGUAAUAAUACACCAUUUAAUGCCAUAUAAUGUGAAUUAUUUUGAUAAAAUAUUAAAUUCCCAUUAAUACUAAUUCACAUUGGUAUGGCUUGUUCAGUAAACACAAAGGUCAUCAAAAAAAUAUUAUCGAUAAAUUGAUAAAAUAAUGAUCAUUACAGGCCAAAUUCUAGACAUUUUAUCUAAUAAAAGUGUCUUAUUCUAUUGACAGAUGAUUGUGCUUAUUUUAAGCUUUAAAACUUGACAAAAAACAAUAUUAUACGUAUUACCUCUUGAAAUAAAUGGAAAGACAGUGAAAUUAAAUAUUAUCACCAGACUAAAUGACUUAAUUAAAAAAAGUCUAUAAAUGUAUGAAAUACUAUAAAUAAAAAAAUUACAAAAAAGUAUAAUAACUCUAUUAAGAAAUAUUUAAUAUUCAGACCAGUUUAAAGAUGGUUAUAUUUACAAUGAUACGAUUUGUUUGCAGUGUGGCUCCUGAAGAUGGAAUAAUAAUAUCACUCAUAAAGUGUGGAUCAAGACCAAUAAGUAACUGUAGCAAAGUGCAAUGACAUUUACCGUGCCCUGAGACUGUUCUCCACUCUUAUACCGAGCUCUCCCUCUCGGUGGACUUUAGCUAGGGUACCCUAGGAGUGCUAAACAGAAGAAGACUUGAAGUUGCGUUGCAUCGGAAGAGACUUGUGCACCAGUAUUCCUUCAAUAUGCCCCCAAAUUCAGAUUCCCCCAAAGAUAGUAGAGAACGAUGGACUAAAAACUUUCAUGCAUGGUCUUGGAUCUUUUACAAAGUACCUUGUCCCAGUUAUGCUGUCCAUUUCACGGAAUACUACCAAUGAAAUCUCA